GAUGACAGUUACGCUUCAACUUUCAAAUCCACGCAUUGGUACUUGAGCGGUGUUAGCGGUGAUACAGUCUCCCCCCGGCCCAUCCCCCGCCCGGCCAAUCCCCCAGAGUGAGCGGCGUCUCCUGACCCGGGGUGAAUGGUUAUCAUGGCAACAGGGGCACACGGAGGUGGCUACAUCCGGCCAUAAAGGGGGCAAUGUGAAUGAGAUAUUUACAUUAUGAAACUGGCGAUAAAUCUCAACAGCGAGACUCUCCAAGUUUCCAAUUACACCUCUAUGAGUCACAGAAGGAAGAGAACGCCGUCAGGUGGAAGUCUCAGGUAGACCCUCUAAUUACAGACCCGGAUUUGGUAUGACAAGCUCUAGUGGACCGUGUGCACAAAGACACGACACUGUAAACUCCCUGACCGCUGGCAAUGGAGGACAAGCUCAUCCAUGUCUACACAGAAACUGAUCUUCUAAGGUACCUCGUCGCCAACAACUUUAAGAAUGACAACUCGUGCAACCCUCAGAACAUUGAAACCAUUGAGGUGUCCGGAGUCAACAUCAGGAACCACUCCUUCAAAAUGAAAUUUAUCGGCAUCAAAUCCUUCAAACAGCUCGGUGUCCACGAAGCAGACGGGAGAUGCCACGUGAGCAUCAUGGUGUUCUCUGAGAAGAAGCAAAAGGACCGCGGGAUGAGGGUUCUGACUGUCACUAACGGUAAGAAGGACACCCUUCACGUGAACACCCUCAGGAACCUGUGCUUCUCGAUUCCAGCCCUGGUCCGGAAGCACGUGAUCCUUGGGGACCUUGCUGACAGGGAUCGGUUGUACAAGAUGGAUGCCAGACCCCGAGGUCUCUGUGUAAUUAUCAAUAACAAAACAUUUGAGGACUCCAACGGGAAUGAUUAUUUACCCUCAAGACUGGGGUCCGAUAUCGAUGCCCAGAACCUCAAGAAACUGUUCCAGAGCUUCGCUAUGGAGGUCAAGAUAUGUAUGGAUCUCAGUGACUGUGAUAUCAUCAAGGAGACCAAGAAGAUAUCACUGAGAGAUCAUUCAGACUAUGACAUCUUCAUCUGCUGCAUUUUGUCCCAUGGUAAGAAUGGUUCCGUGCUUGGCGUAAACAAUUCAGAGGUUCCGAUCCUAGAAAUCACAUCCACCUUCAGAAACAGAGGGUGUCCCUCACUGGCCGGCAAGCCGAAGCUGUUCUUCAUCCAGGCGUGUCAAGGCGAGAGGCCCCAGAGAGGGGUUGUACAGUCCGACGUCAUCAUGGACGAGGAGUUCACGAAGGUUCUGCCCGAUGGGUCGGACUUCCUCAUCGCGUGCUCCACGGAGCCUGGGUAUGAAUCGUUCCGUCACACGAGCACCGGUUCAUACUUCGUCAACUCUCUGGUGAAGCAGCUACGUGCUUCGGCCGACAGAAGCCUGGUGGACAUUCUCACUGACGUGUGUAGCGAGGUGUCGGACCACACUUUCGACAACAACAGGAAACAGGUGCCCUGGUUCACCUCGACGCUCAGGAAGACGCUGAUCUUCAACCAGUGUAGUCAUUAUGUCAAUGUCUAGCGAGGAGGGGCGGUCGGGUAGCCUAGUGGUUAAACUGUUCGCUCGUCAAACCGAAGACCCGGGAUCGAUUCCCGACAUGGGUACAAUGCGUGAAGCCCAUUUCUGGUGUCCCCCGCCGUGAUAUUGCUGGAAUAUUGCUAAAAGCGGCGUAAAACCAUACUCACUCACUCUAGCGAGGAACAACUGAAUGUGUUGCUGAGUGAGAGAGUGAGUUGGUGGGUGAGUGGAUGGUGAGAGUGAGUGAGUUGGGUUAACGUCGCUUUGACAUUGCUUAAUGAAAGAAACUGAACUUUGUUCGGGAUAUGCUUCAUGUCAAAACGGAUUCAGGUGUACAUUCACCACCAACAGCUGUACAUAAUAUUGUGUUGAUAUGAAUUGGAAUUCGUGAUUGUCUUAUAGUUCUUGUGUGAAUUGGUUCAAAAUGAAUUCAAAAGAUUUUGCAAGAGUUAAACAAUUAAAAUGAACUUGAUAACGAGACUGCUCACGCCAGAGACAAAUCGAACAAAGACAGUAUAUGUGCAAAAGGUGGUUUGUUUCUGACACUGUCGCAAAUUGCUCAAGGAAUACAAAGAUAUAUAUAUUUCUACGAAAUAAAUAAA